GAUGAGUGAAUUAAUUGAAUACAUUUGCAACAAAUAUAUGUUUCAAUUAAUUUCUAUAUUCGCUAUUUAAAUGUCAACUCAUUUGAACAUAAAAUAGUGUUUUUAAUUAGUUUGGAGUUUUGUUUUGACGUUUAAAACACUUGUCUAUGCCUUGAAUAUAUAAGCAAUAUACUAGUUGAUAAAUAAUUAUCUGUGAAUUAAUUUAUCGGAAAUAAUGGCGUUUUUGAAUCAAAUAAAGAGUCCAUUAAUGCAUAAAGUGUUUGGACACGCAUUGACCACAAGAAGUGUUUUGUUGACAACUCACAGAAGUAUCACAUUUACGGCACAACAUGAAGAACUGCGAAAAACUGUCAGAAAGGUCAUUGAAACUCAUGUCAACCCAUAUGUAGACCAAUGGGAAGAGGAGGAGAUAUUUCCGUCGCAUCAGGUCUUUAAAAAGUUUGGUGAAGCGGGUCUUCUGGGCAUUACUCGGCCUCCAGAAUACAAUGGAUUGGGUUUAGACUAUUCAUAUAGUAUUGCAUUCUUUGAGGAGUUGGCGAAUAUUAAUUGCGGAGGAAUUCCGACAGGGAUUACAGUGCAGACAGAUAUGGCUGUCCCGGCGUUGACGGCGUUUGGAAGCGAUUACCUAAAGAAGGAAUUCUUGGCGCCAACAGUUGCCGGAGAUUAUGUGGCCUGUGUUGGGGUCAGCGAACCGAGUGGUGGCAGUGAUGUGGCCGCUCUCCUCACCACUGCUCGCAGACAAGGCGAUGACCUCAUCAUCAAUGGCAGCAAAAUGUGGAUCAGUAAUGGAAUACAAGCCGAUUGGAUGUCUUUAUUGGCGAACACUCGCGAAGGCGCCCCUCAUAGGAAUAAAUCUCUAAUUUGUUUGCCUCUCAAGACUCCGGGAGUUAAGACCGAAAAGAUUAAUAAAAUGGGUUUAAAAUGUUCGGACACUGCAAUCGUCUACUUCGAUGACGUGAGAGUACCCGUCAAGAACAUCGUCGGUGAAGAGGGACAGGGAUUCACGUAUCAGAUGAUUCAGUUCCAAGACGAACGCCUCUGCGCCGCCACUGCAGCUGUGGCACAAAUGGAUCGCAUCGUAAACGAGACAAUUGAAUACUGCAGACAACGCAAGACAUUCGGUUCCCCUCUGAUUGACAAUCAAGUGAUUCACUUCACUCUCGCGGAACUCAAGACUGAAAUAGAGUUGCUUCGGUCCACAGUCUAUAGAGCGGCCGACGCCUUCAUAAGUGGUGAGAACGUGACAUACUUGGCCUCAAUCGCCAAACUAAAAGCCGGUCGUUUGAGUCGAGAAGUGUCCGAUAAAUGUCUGCAAUAUUACGGAGGAAUGGGUUAUACCAAAGAAAUGCUAAUCAGUCGCGCAUUCAGGGACUCGAGAGCACUAUCUAUCGCCGGCGGAACCGAUGAGAUAAUGCUCGGAAUUAUCUGUAAAUUUCUCGAUAUUCUACCCAAAAAGAGAGGUUAGAUCUGAUUUGAAUGACUUUUACGCAAUAUUUUUGUAAUUUAAAUAAAAAAUAUUUUAUAAUUUAUUAAAUGAGUGAAAAA